AUAAUGAAAAUAUAACGAUAUUACCAACAUCGAUCGAAGAUUUAAAAAUAUAUGAUCAGGAUACAUCAGAUGAUUUAUUAGAUAAAUAUAUUGAAAAAUUUAAAAGUGAAGCAUUCGAAUUCCGGGUGAUUCCAGUACAAAAAGAAUUAUCCAGUUAUUUGAGCUUCACAAAAGUUACUAAAUUAUAUGGAAUCCAAGUGCCAACAAUACAAGAUCUAAAACAAUUUGUGGAAUCCUGA